GAGUUUAGUCCCCCAGCGGCUGCGGGUGAAUCUGACUCCCGGGCUGCGGCGGCCGUGUAGCAUCUGGAUCCUGAUCGUCAUGGGGACCAAGGCGAGAGCCGGGAGGAAGCAUUUGCUUCUCUUCGCAUUGGUCAUCCUGGGCUCCCUGGCGCUGGGCAGGGGUGCCGUGUUUACUUCCGAGCCUGAUGUCAGAGUUCCUGAGAACAAACCCGCCAAGUUGUCUUGCUCUUACUCUGGCUUCACCUCUCCCCGCGUGGAGUGGAAGUUUACCCGAGGCGACAUCACCAGCCUCGUCUGUUAUAACAACAAGAUCACAGCUUCCUAUGCAGACCGAGUCACCUUCUCGUACAGUGGCAUCACUUUCCAUUCGGUGACGCGGAAAGACACGGGGACGUACACUUGUAUGGUGUCUGAUGAUGGCGGCAACAUGUACGGGGAGGUCAGCGUGCAGCUCACUGUGCUUGUGCCUCCUUCUAAGCCUACGGUCAGAAUCCCCUCCUCUGCCACCAUUGGGAGUCGGACAGUGCUGACCUGCUCAGAGAAGGAUGGCUCCCCCCCUUCUGAGUACUACUGGUUCAAGGACGGGGUCCUGAUGCCCUCGGAGCCCAAGAGCAGCCGUGCCUUCAGCAACUCUUCCUAUAACUUGAAUCACAAGACCGGGGAGCUGGUCUUCGAUCCCGUGUCAGCGUUUGAUACCGGAGAAUACACCUGUCAGGCGCAGAACGGGUAUGGGACACCCAUGAGGUCAGAGGCCGUGCGUAUGGAAGCCGCGGAGAUGAAUGUGGGGGGCAUUGUGGCAGCUGUCCUUGUCACACUCAUUCUCCUUGGAUUCUUGAUUUUGGGCAUCUGGUUCGCCUAUAGACGAGGCUACUUUGACAGAACAAAGAAGGGGACCUCGAGUAAGAAGGUGAUUUACAGCCAGCCCGCUGCCCGCAGCGAAGGGGAAUUCAAGCAGACCUCGUCGUUCCUGGUGUGACCCUGGUCCAACUCGUCUCCUGUCCUCCAUGCUUGCCUUGCUCUGGUGCUGCCAGACUCCGGCCUGUGUUCGCAGGAUACCUUAUGUGUCUUCUAGCUCCCACAGGAGCCCCCAUGCUUAUCCUACUUAGGGUGUGUUUUUUUAAUAAUGCCGGCUAUGUACCUCUUCCUCCUGCACCCCCCCUUCCUUUCCCGCCACUGCUGAGUGGCCUGGACUUGUUUAAAGCUUUCAUCCCCCAUCCCUAUGAGGGCUCAGACAACAGUCCUCAGUGUGAAGUCCUUGACUUCCCUCCCAAGUACGUGGCAACAAUGGCACGGCCCUCGCUGCCCCCUGUGUGUGGCGCCCCUGCCCCCCCCCCAGUAGGUUCUGGAGCUUAGUCCCCUGGCCCUUCCCUCCCGUGGUGAGGAGGUACCACCUGCUGUUCCAGAGAGGGGACUGGAGGCCAUGCCACUGAAGAGGUUGCUUGGUGACAAUACUAAGUCCCACCCGCCCCUGCAGCCCCCUUUCUUCUGUCUUCCCGUGGGAAGUGCCACCGAGAUCCUCUCGCACACCCUGACACAAGUAGACACCAUCUGUAUCUGUAGAAAAAAAAAGGAGUUUUCGCCACGGAGAGCAUAGGCAGCUUUCAGGGACACAGAGCGGAAGAGAUUUAAAACCACUGAUCUGAAGGAAAGGAAGCUCUGACCAUCACCCUUCCGUUGGCUGGAACGGCUGGAUGGACCCUUUGAAGAUGUGUCAGCAGGGCGGUGCGGAUGUGCAUAGUGGUCUUAGCCCUUUGUUAUGGGCGUGUGUGUGUGUGCGCGCACGCGCGCGCACGCAGUCUUAGCCUUCUGCUGAAAUCCAGUGCGCGUUGGAGGGUUUCUUUGCUCUUUGCUGAGACUGUUGGUGUGUAUUGGGAUGUAGCUGGAUGUUGCUGGAAAGAACAACUUGCUUUGUCAAAGCUUCUUGUGGGAAGCCGGGAAAAUGAGGCUCCUGGGCUCCUUCGGACAAACAGGAAGGUCCCUGAAGCCCUUCUUCCCAGCAACUGGGUUGGUCCUGGCUCCCUGUCCCACCCCUUCCUGGUUCUGGUCUCAAGGUGGAGCUUCUGAACUUUGGACCCUCAUUCCAGAGCCCUCUGGUAGCUGGAGGAGUGUCCUCUGCUGGGGGAGCACGGGGUGGGGGGUGAGAUGACACUGUGCUCUGGGGUUCUACCUGAUGAUGGGAAAAAGGGCCCACCCUCCCCCCUCUGCCAACCAGAUGCACUGAUACACUUCUGUAAGGAAAACUGUUCUAGAGCAGCAAAGUAACUACUGCUUUACUGAGCGGAGUUGGGUGAGGUGCUAUUUAAAGGAAAGGUAAUUUGAGAUCAGAUUGUGAGGCCAUCUGUGUGAGUGACGGGAAGGUACACGUGUCUGACAUUACUCUCCUUUGUGCAUCUGGACCCCUUUUUGCCCUUAAAAUUCUCUUUCCCCCUCUACCAUAGUCACCCCGCCUAUUUAUUAACUAGCAAGAGGACAAGUAAGGGGUCUUCGAGGGCUGGUUUUGCUGAACUUCUUUUCUGUGGAGGACGCUAAGCCCCACUUUGCCAUGUUUUAUUCCCUUAUCUGGAAAUCCCUAACAGAAUUGAGUUUUCUAUCAAGGAUCCAAAAGGAAAAAUAAACCGAGCAAAACCAUCAGUUAAGGGUCAUGCACCAAUAAAAAAUAAAAUUUUCAGAUGGAAAUAAAAUUUAAUUAAACAGGAAAAGGAGAGAUGAUGAAACGGUUCAGUAAGAAAGAGAUUUUUGAAGUAUGUUUCAGCCUCCUGGUUGGGAGAUGGGGUGGGAGGGAUAUGGAGACAAGGUCACAGGGAAAUAGAGGUGACUCAUUGCCCCUUUAAGUCUGAGGUGAAUGUUUCCUCACUCUCUCGGUCACUUGUGAUGAGCAUGAGUUAUUUAUCACCAGCCUGGAAUUUACCUCUCCAACUUACCAUGGCCCCUUCGAGUUGGGAAACACCCUGCCUGCUUUCAUUUUGAAAUGUCAGAACUAAUUUUUGUAAUAAAUGUUUAUUUUUCACAUUGA